AUGGAUUGUGGGCUCAAAAAGUACGUGGCCAAGAUGGCGGCCGAGGUAAAGUUUGGAGAGUUUCUGAUUUUUUUCCCGUUUACUGCUGAUAUCCCGGAUGCCCACAUGUUUUUUACGGUUUAUAUAUUACUUUUUAUAGGUGAUUGAAAUCUUAAAGAAAUGCGUCAACAAGAUCACAAGUUCCAGUACGAAGGAAAGGCGACACGUUUGUGAGGAACUUCUAUUGCCUUGCAUCCAGAAACAGGGUAUGCUACAAUUUGUUGUAAUUUCAGUGAACUAUGUAUGUACAGAAAAAUGAUCGAUCUUAAGUAUUCACGAGUGUUUUGAUCAAUAUUUAAAUGUUAUCUUGAAUGUCGCGGAAAAUGACUUGAUUAUUGCGUGAUUUGUUAAUUGCUUUGGAAACAACGUACUGGUCGAUUCACGUGGUGCCAUAGGUCCAGUUGAAUUAUUUUGGGACGGGAGAGGGGGGUGGGGGCGGCGGUUGUUGUCACUCAGGUAUAUGAUGAUGAGGAACCUAAAGGUUUUGUUUGGGCUAUCAUCGACGAAAUCUCAAGUACUCGUCGAAGCCAUGCAUUUUCUAGUGAACAUUUUUCGGUUUGGGAAGAUUCUAUUUGGGGUUUGCAUUGAUUUGGCGUAAAACCUACACAAGAUGGUCCGGUGGGGGUACUGGCGAGGGAUCCUCCGGACCAAAGGAGAUGGAAUUGAUCAAAUGAUGUUGAUCAUUGCCUCAUUUCACUAUUGUUUCGCUCCUCCCUAUCAAAAUUCUUGCUAUUUGAUUUUGUAGAUUUUUCUGAGGCUGGAGUAAAAGCAGUGAUCAAGUUGAUAUUUUUAACACAACAUCGUUACAGGUAAUUGAUAACCUUUACAAGGCCAGGCUCUGAUUGCUCAAAGGGUAGGUAACACCAUCCACUGGAUAAAUCUCCAUCUGGUGGAUAGCGCAGUUUGUUUUGUCAACACUAAUCUCCUGGAUGGUAAUUUAAAUGUUGUUGAUGUGUAUUUCUCCAGAAACGAUUACCUGUGUUUUAUAGAAAAUAAUGAGUUCUGAAGAAAUGACUUACUCCUUGUGUUAGCCUGUGAGUGAAACUUUGAAACUUUUACAAUAGUCAAAAGUUGAUAUUUAGAGCAUUAGCCCUUCAUUAUAGUUAUUAACUUUUGUUUGUUAUGGAAUAGUAUUUUAGUCAGUUUCUAGAUUUCUCCAUUAUCCUUUGUGCAAAGUGUGGCAGAGCUGUAAGGAUGCAAAGGCUAUUCUCGCAUGUGAAAUUGUAUGGUGAAAAGGGAAAAAAUUGCAAGUGCAUCUACCAUACUCUGCAGACAAGAAUCAGUAGUACAUGUGAACAUUGUUCUCUCUGUUCUUUACAUUUUCGACUUUGCAAUAAACUCAGUGGUCACUAAAAGGUAUGGAGGGCUGACCACAAAUGUAAAUUUCUGAAUGAAAUGUAUUAUUUUUAAUAAUUUCAAGGUUAGAUUUGAAUGUCAAAUGUUUAAAAUUUAAAAUUAGUAAUUACCUCUCUUUAUAGAGAUAACCAGUCUAGAAGAGGGGUUGAAGAAGUCCUUAGAGUGUUGGCAGAAAAGCAAAGUAGGUGAUAUUGGGCUCAGAGUUUGGUGAUGCAUGAUUUUUGUUGAACUCAGUAUAUUUUGCAAUUUACCAGUAUAUACCAUCAUCAUAGCAAUUUUUGUCUGUUUUAUGUUUUUCAUGUUUGAAGUUGGUUAUAUCUUUUGUAUCAGUUUUGAAUUUGAAUUGAAAUCACAAACCCUUGUUUUUUAAUUAGGUGUGAAUGCUGUCAAAUACUUUUGUAUAGUGUUUUCUGAUGUUGAAAAACAUAUAACCUCAUCAGCGCAAAGGUAAGAAUUUUUCUUGGAUUUAAACUUUAAAAAAAUCAAGUACUUAUCCAAGGAGAUUUUGAGUUAACUGAUUAUACCACAAUGUGCUGGCUGAACCUGUAAGUCGUAGCCGACAUAGAUUUUUUAAAUUUUGGACAACAAGUAUUGAAUUUUCCUUUACAAGUUCCAUUUUCUUGAAUUUGAUUUUGUCCUCAUUGAUGGUUUCUCUCUUCAAAAGUUUGAGAGAUUUAUAUAUUUUCAAGAAAUUCUGAGACACUAUGAUCUUUAAAGGUCAAUUCUCAUUAGGUGUGGAAUAAUACACUUUUUUCAUUUGACUGUACAAACAGUGAACAUUCAGACAUUCAAAUAAUUGCUUUAUUUGAACUUGUAAAGGGAUCUUUGGUGCUUGCUUGAUGCAGGCAGACUUUAAUGGUAUUUUGAAACUUGAAAUGAAUGUCCCAGAGGUAGUAGUUAUUACGUUUUAUUCUAAGCUUGUACAACUUAUAAUGCUGUUGCUGUUUGUAAAAUUAACUUUUAAAUCUGUUUUUGUGGAUUUUGUUGCAGUUAUGUGAACAGCGGUUCAAAUCUUGUUCUUUUGUGUUGGUCAUGUGUCCUUGCCAGACAUGUCUACAGCAAGACUGAAUUGUGUAAGGAUGCACAAUGGAUCAGACUGGUACAGGUUCAAUGUCUGGCACUACAUGGAGUUCUGUCUGCUGGAACAGCUUGUGUUUGUGAAGCAGGAAAGAAAAAAUUAUACAAAGUCUGGAGAGAGGUACAGUAUUGAAAGCUGGCUUGUGAUUCUAAGAUAGACUAUGUUUUUCUUUGUCUUAUCAUUUUGGAUGCAACUUUGAAAGUCACAGGGCAAGGCUUAGAACAUAACUUGAUUGAAAAGAGAUGAAGCCAGAUUACUCUUUUUAACCCCUUCACUCCCAAGAUCUGAUAUUAAUUCUCCCCUCCAGCUGCUACACACCCCCCUGUUAAUUAGUUAUGAGAAUUAAGUGUUGGAUCAAGAAAAUAGUGUUUACCUAAUACCUUUGAGUAUUCUCAUUACUGUUUGGUGAAUAAUUUAUGGAUGUUAUUGGGAGAAGUUACAUGUUGAUUGCCUCUGGGGGUUAAAGGGUAAAUUAGUUGAGAAAAAGAGUAACAACCCCAUAUCACCUUUACCACAACAAACAACAAGUGUUAACUUGGCCCAAGGCAAAGCCCAGAAUAUUUGGUUUGAUAAUGUGAUGCUCUCACUGAGUAUUUGCUGUCUGGCAUGAAGAGAUGUGAAAUUCAUGAUCCUGUUUUAGUUAGCUUGAUAUACUCUUGCCCUUUCAUUAAAGUGUUAUUAUGAUGAAUGUUUGAGCACUAUUUCAUGUAGUCGUCACUAUCAUCUGAAUUUUUUUUUACAUAUUUUUCCAGGUUCCAGGAAUCACAUUUAAAUAUGCAGAAGCCAUCAGCAAAUUGGAGGCAUCACAGGUAAACCUUCAUAUGGUACAUUGCAAUGAGAUAAAUUAAAAUGCAGUAUAGUAUUUUCUUCUCUGUAGUGGUAGAUUUUCUUUGACCUGUUGUACAACAUAAGAUAUUUUGAUUUUGAUGAUAUUAUGAGUCAAUAAAGUCGAUGAAAAAUUACGUCCAUUUAGACUAUUAGAACGAGUUGUUAUGAACACUUAUUUCCCCGAUCUGAUUUUGUUCUUUUUCAGGAAAACUGUUGCUUGACUGGACUGCUAUUUAAUUUUUGUACCAAAAAUAAAGAUGUUGAAACAAUAGGUAAAUUUAAGGUAAGAUAGAACAAGAAAUGUUCACCAUGAGCCAUAUUACCCUUUCUACCCCUCAGAGUAACUAGCAUAUUAUUUUUUAUGCUCUCCUUACAAUAUCACCCCUGAAUCACACAUUAAGGGCACAGAAAUAAAGGAAAUGAUCACCAAACAAAAAAGCUGAAACAAAUUCUCCUUGUUAGCAUCUUAGGAAAUGUAUAGAGAACAUUAUGGAGAAUGUGCAUUCUGAUGUUAGGGUGUUAAGGGUAAUAAUGUUAUAAUCUCUUUUUUGAGCAGAAAACAUUGCUGGAAAUGUAUGUGAAAGCUGUGAUUAAUAGCAAGACAAGACCCUCCCAUCAUGUCCUGGUAAGAAUAAAAUUGUGGAAUAGUUGGGCUCAACACUUGAUCUUUUAUAUAAAAUAAUUCUGACAAAGUUUGAACAAAUGCUGAGUGCAGAAGCAGGGAUAUGCUUUGUAUACCCUUCAUUACCAUUUUGCUCUACUACUGUGACUUUUGACCUUUGAUUCCUCCAGGUGAACAUUUCCCCUUUGCUCAGUCACGUCACCCAUGAUGACUUCAGCAGUUUAAUCUUACCAGCAUUACAGAAAUCUCUGCUGCGAAACCCAGAGGUGGUUCUUGAAAGUAAGUGAUGGAUUAAUUACAUGCUUUUGCUCAGGAAUAAUUCUCUGAACAAAACUUACAAAUUCAAUUAAAUUCAAAUGUAGAGUUCAGUUUCCAGAUUGUAAAUCCCUAUUAUAGGCCCCUUGUCAUCCUAAAAUUGUAGCAUGAAUAAGGCAUCAUUGAACUUUGUGUCUGGGAAUGAAUAACUUUCCAGGAUAUUACUUUAAACAGUAAACUAAAACAACUUUUCACCAAUAGAAGGAGAAGAGUUUAAAGUGUCCUGGGUUGAAAUAAGCAUUUCAUUUCUUAAUUAUUAACUAAGGUUUAAUCUUAACCAAACCAGAGAUGGAAACAUUUGUUUUUAACCUGGUCUAUGGGCAGUACUAAUAGAGAUGCCAAGAAGUUCUUAUUCAUUUAUCUUCUUCUUAUAAUGACUUUUACCAUUUAAUAUUUAUGGUCUUCACACAAUUAUACUGAUAUAUAUAAAUUUUUCCUUUUUUUAUUCAGGUGCUGCUUACUUAAUUUCUUCAGUUUCAAUUGAUUUAUCAAAGUAUGCUUUAGACAUCUGUAAAAACACUGUUGGUCAGCUGCGUGCUAAAGAAGAGCUCCACAGACAGGAGGCUACGUUAAUCUUAAAGAAUCUUGCACAUCAGUGCAGUGAUCCAGGAGCAAUGGAGGAACUUAUCAACUACUUAUUUGCUGUCCUUAAUGGUAAGGAUUUGUUGAACAUUCUCUACCAAACAAUAUUUUGAUUGACAAUGUUCUUAUGUACAAUGUAGAGUGAGAACCCAUGACACUGUUCUUAUUGGAGUCACAGACUUAAAAUUUACAAAAUUUGAAUUCAAUUACAAGAAACAAGCAAUGAAUUCCAUCUAAGUUCUUUGCGAGGUUUGCAUGCUUUGGUCUCAAGCAAAAAUUGUCACAAGUGAAUUGAAUUGCAUAGUUUGUUUCUUAUGAUGUUGUUUAAGUGACCCAGCCAAAGAUUGGGAGAAAAAAGACAAAAACUGUGAGGUAAUUGGUACCAUUGGAAAAAAUAUAGUUUAUUAUUAUAUACCCUGAGAUCCUCCCAAGAUCUCAUUAGUAAUUCUCCUUACUGUCUACCAUACAAUUUUUAUAAUGUUAGUUUGGAUCAUUUGAUAUUGGAUCAACUGAUUAUACCCUAGUGGAUAUUUUUCAUUAUUCUCAUCAAUUGUCUCCAUUGUAUUGCAUAUUGUAUUCAUUUUGGUAUUAUAAGGGAAAUUCUGCCUAACAGUCACUUACAGGAGUUAAUGCAUUAAAUGUUUCAUUUCAUAUAGUUGAUAGCUUUUCUGGAUAAAAGUUCCCUACCAGUAGUUAACUGUUACAUUGCCUGGUUUAGGUUCAGAAGGCAAACUUACUCAGUGGAAUGACAGAGUUGGUGUUCUUCAAGGUUUGUUUAGUUAUGUAUUCACUAAACAGUUAAUGCUACAUUAUGGCAAACUUCUCUGUUGCCAAUUCUCUAACAGUUAUCUAUAAUAAUGCUCUCGACUCCUUUGACUUUCAAAUGAUUAAAUUAUUUCUGAAUGUUUCUAGGGAUAAAGAGUCUGGAGCACCAUUCAGUUAGUGGAAAUGCAUCUGUGCAAGCAUUAAGCCAACUUGUUGCUGAAAAACUUGUGAAAUAUUUACAACAAGAAGGUUUGGAAAUGCUUCAUUAUCUGAAGGAUCAUGAGGAUUCUUUUUUCUUAGAAUUAAAUGUGUGGCCUUAUCCUGAGACCAUAUGAUUUUUAGAUUAAUAUUGUUAUUUUUGCCAAUGAAAUUAUUUGACCAGACAGUCAACUUCUUCAAUGAUUUGUGUUACACUUUUGGGACUUCCAUCAAGUAUCAUUCUUUUUAGAGAGAUUUUUUCAGAAGAACAAUUAGAGUAUCGAAUUAUCAAAUAACUUGACUGUGUAGAAAUGACAGCUCUAGGUUUCUAUUUUACUUAUUUCAUAAGUAUGUGAGACCUAAAGAGAGUUGAUUGUACACCUCAUGUCUGGGUUAUAGGCAAUGUUAUAAGUAUCUGUGUAGAGAAGUAAAAGAAUGAUGUUAGGUUUUGCCCUUUUUUUGUUGCUAUAAAAAGAUUUUGAUCUUUAUCAAUAAUUUGUCAUCAUUUUUUACUGGAAAUUUUCAUUAGAGCAUUAGGUAGGUUUCCAUUCAAUAAAAUGAUUGGUUGUAGAAAAGAAAUGAUCACCAGCACUAGGUCCAAGUUGUUUGCAUUUAUAAGAUAUUUAUCUGUGUGAACCUUCUCUUUGUCUUGAAUAAUUCAUACAGUGCAUGAAGGAGCUGUUGUGUAUGGCCUAUCAGUUUUAAGUCACUGGUGUACCCACUUCUCCACACAAGUACCUAAGGUGCUUGUUGAUGCCUUCAAGGUGAGAAUAGUCAGAGGAGGAGAUAAACCAUCUUACUAAAAAUUGUUUAGGAAUCAGAGGACAUUAUUGUUAAACUGUAGCUUGACAUGAGAUUCAAAAAUAGCAUUUGAUUUUCAAAUUGUUGAUAAAUAUUCAAUUUUUAGCUGUUUCUAAGUUGUAAGGUUAAAGGACUGGUGCAAGAGCAGAGGUUGUGAAAAUCAUCUGGUCACAUCUCUAUGCUUCUGGAAUUCUUUUGUUGAAGCAGAAAUAAAAGAACUAAACCCUUAGUUUAUUUUACAAAAACAGAAAAAAGUUGAAUGAUUGUGUUUGACAGAGCUCAAUGUGUUCAGUUGUUGUAAGGCAGCUCAAAGUUUUUUUUUUUUUUUCCCAAAACGUUAUCCCUUAAAAAUAAAAUUCAAAUCAGCAAAAAGGAAAAUGACAUUUAUGUUAACUUUAGGCUACUUGGAAAAAACUAUGAUGUUUUAGAAGUAAUUCUAUCAAACAUAUGAUUGUCUUUUUACUGAAACAGAGGUCAGAUUUCAAUUUCACAAGUAUGGUGUGUUGUUAUGUUUUACAGAAAGGAAUGACCAACAAGAACUCCACCACAGCUGUACGUACUGGGUACUUACAGUGUAUGACAGGCGCUUUUCAAGGUAUUGAUAAAUCCUUGUGUUUGUCAUUGAAAAUUUAAGAAUCUAGGAGGGUUUAUUAUGGUAACACUCAACAGUCUAAUAUCAGUAUGCAUAUUCUCCAUGUUGUUCACUUUACAAGUUCUGUGGCACCCACAAAGAGAAUUUGUUUAACAAUCAAGAGCUUCUUUCGUUUGUGAUCAGUUCCUUUUUUCUUGUGACCUUAACUUUUGAUUUUUCGCUGAUGCUGUGAGGAGAGAUUUGAUACUAGUCACUCUUAGGGAUGAGAAGGUUAAUUUUGCUUUUGAUAAUCUUUAAUGAUAAUGCUAAAUUUUAAUUUUAUUCAAGGUAAUACCCUUCUCCAAGGAAUGGAAAUUCUGCCUCAGUUACUGCAAGUAAGGUUUUUACCCAUAUUUGUCAUAUACAUAUAACAGGUACUUUUCCUCUCUCUCCCUGUGUUUUUCUGCAAAACAGGUUUCUUUAAGAAUGGAAAGGUCAAGACAAAUUGACACAAAACACAUAUUGAUGUAACAAUAAUAAUUUAUUUUAUAAUGAGAUUUCUUCAAGACCAGCAGCAUAUUAUUCAUCUAUGAAUGUUUCAAAGUCUUAUUUUUCUGAACCUAUCUAGCAGUGAAUGCAUUUUUGAUUGGUAUGCUCCAUGUUUAGACCAUUGAAAAAGCCAGUGGCCAACCAAACCAAGCUGCCAUUGUUACAGAAGGACUAUUAGCUGCCUCCAUACUGAUCAAAUUAUCACUUGCUGAUGUACAAGCAGGUAACUGUAUAUGAUAAAGAUGUUAACAUGUUGCGAUAGAUAAAUAAGAAACCUCCUCAGGAAAGCUAAUGUGACACUUUUUGAACCCAAGAAGAGUCAAGAAGAUCUUUUAAGAUCUUCUUGACUUAAAAGUUGUGGUUCACAUACAAAUAUUACAAAUUAAAAUGUAUAGCUUAGCAACAUUGAUAACUUUUCUUUCAGAAUCUAAACUGGGUUCAUUUUGGACAACAUUCCUGGAUAUAAAGAAGCAGCUGUUUGUUUCAGACAAAUUUUUAAACUUUGCAUCUGAAGAAGGUAAAACAUAUUUUGGUAAUGUCACAACAGUGAAAAAUCCACUACUGGCUUUAGACAGUGCACUUACAAAAAAUGACCAAAAUUUAAGAAAGAUGUUAUUCAUUAAAUGCGUGUGUGUGUGUGGUACAUCAGAGUCCCCCAUGAAGGUUCAAACCCUAAACCUUUGCAUUUCCCAAGCCGAUGCUCUACCACUGAACCUUGUAGGACUGGUUUGUUAUCUCUCCACCUGAUCAUAUGAACUGCAUGCAUGUCAAACUUAUUUACUUUUGAUGAUAGUAAUUUUUCUGAUUUGUCAACAGCUCUCCUAUUACUGGUGUCUGUCAUUGAAAGACUCGUCCUCAGUCAUGGACAAAGAUUAAACAAAUCUAAUAGCCAGUGAGUCAAGCUCUUAAUCUUUAGCUAGCUUAUAACCAGGAAAGAGGAUUUAAAACCUCUUUAAAGCAGAGUGCAUGGGAUAUGUGAUAGCCUAUGGUCAGUGUGCUGAGCCCUGUUGUAAGGGCUUUCAAACAAGGUGCCUGUCCCAGACUCUAAGUCAAGUGGUCUGUGUGUGAGACCUGGCUGGAUCACGUGUUGUGUUUCUGGGCGAAAAACAUUCAUCUCAAAAUGCCUCUUUCCACUCAGGAUAGUAAAAUAGGUAUUGAUGAACCAUCAAGGAAGCCUGAUGAAAUGCUGGGGGUAACCUGUAUUGUCCUAGUGUGUCACCCAGGGGGAGUAACAAUGUUCCCAGUCCCUUCAUGCCAUAGAAAGCUUGGACACUUUGUGAGUUGUGAGCCACUUUUCUGGAGUGCAGACUUUGCCCUUUUACCUUUAGCAGUAGGGUGUGGAUAUCUUCUAUAUACAUCAGAGUUAUACUAUGAUUUUUGUGUAUGUGUUAGAACGUGGUCUGCUGUAUUCCUAACUUUUUGCCUCUUGUUUUUUAGACCUUGGUACAGAGCUUUGGUAUUUCUACUGACUCACUCAGCUUGGAAGGUCAGGCAGAAUGCGCAGUCCUGUGUUCAGCGGCUGUUCAAUGCUUUAGGAGAGAGUGCUUUAGAACUACAGUGUUUGUUGUUGAAAGAGCUGUCAAAGCUUAUUGCUCAACAGAAGGUAAACUUAACAGCCAGCUACAAGAGUUCUGCGUGACUCUUGAAAAACUCUCAGUUUGAAUUUAUACUCUUUUUCACAAGUGAUCAUUGUGAUUCUUUUUUCUCACCAAGAUAGAUACCUUGCUGUAAAAUGAAAGUGCCUUUUGUCUUAUACCAAUCCAUAGAUUCUUGUUUUCCUUUUUUGAUAUAAUUUACCGUUAGGUGCGUCAUUAAAAUGUACUUUUAGCUUGCGUUGCUGGCGGUCUUUUGAGCAUUCCGUUGAAAAAGCGCGCGCAGCAAAUCUCUCGCAGUUUUACAGCGCACUCAGAGCCACCUUCCAUGUACUCUGUGUCUAUUUACAGUUGAUUACAUAGGCUGAAAACCCUGCUGCCGUUGGGAUACCUCGCAAUUUUUAAUAGUACUAUAUUCCUCAUUGUUUUUAGCAUCAUGUCACAGACAGUUCUGUUCCAAUCAUGAAUGGAGAUGCACCACAGGGAGGAUCGCCCAAUGAUGCAGGAAGAACUAACAUCAGCCACAGGAUACUUGUGUCCAGUCUUUGCUGCCUGACCCUGUCUCUCGUAAAGAGUAAUCCAGACCUGUCUGAGGAAACGAAAGACAAAAUCGCUUUGCAGAUUCUCUCAGAUGCACACCAUCCAGCUAUUGGUAAAUCUCUGUUUCACUCUUGUUUAUUGUUGCUCGUGUUGUUUGUUUAUGCUCUAUUUUUGGAACGUUUUGGAGUAAGAAAAAGUAUAAUUAUCUAUAAAUAUAAAAAAGUAUAAUUAUAGUCAUCUAACAUAAGUGAUUGCUCUUCAGUGUCAUUUGAAAAAUUAUUACAGAUAUUAUUGGCUCUGCGAGUGUUUAAGAUAAAGAAAAUCCCGUGUUUUAUUGAGUUUACCGAAUGGGCAAUAUGAGGUUAUCUUACCUGCUUUCUUUCCCUUAAUGGAGAAAUAUAGUAGUUUUCUUAUGUCAAGUUUGUACGUUUAUGAAUGCGUAUUUCGCUUUACUGAAGCCGUUUUUUGAGAUAUUAUUUCAGUCUAAGAACGGUGCAAAAAAAAAAGAUCUGAAUAGCAUAGAAAGUCAAGGUCAGUCAUUUGAGCACUGCUCAAACCAAUACUACGGAACCACAGGGUACCUAUGGCCAGGUGGACCAUAGUGCCCUUGGGCUCCCUGAGACACUGUUUUGUCACCAUAUUGGCAAGAUCAGUAACAUUAAAUUGUACUCUGCACGCUAAUUUAAUAUGUUUUGCUUCUUGGUGAAUAGUUUCAUGUAAAGGUGAGUUAUGGAUGAGGAUUGUUCGCAGUUUGGGGAUUGAGACACAAGGCUUUGUUGAGCGUCACGUGGAUGCCAUAAUGGAGAUGAUAGUCUCAAGCAGCACGUCUCAACAGGUUUGACAGCUGUCUCUUUGGUACCUGUUUAGGAGUUCUUUGCAAUAAUUGUCAGAAAUACUUUCCAAUUGCUUUGGUCUUGUUUUACUUUGUUCAAAUUCUUUCGUGUGUGAGUUUUUCAUCGAUACACGAUCUCUGAACUCCAAAGCCUUACUUAAGGUUGAUAUCUGGUACGCUUUGUAUCAAUCAGCAUCAUAGUAAACCUUUAAAGGUGGAUUGUAAUCUGCCAUUUUCAUCUUAAGAAGAAGACCUUUUGAACCGCAGACAGAAAAACACACUGAUGUAUUUUUCAGUAUGACCUCUGGACGCUGUAAGUUAUCAAGAGGCGCAGUAAGAUUUAAUUUAUUUUAGAAUGCUUCUUUUGGGGGUGUUCUGAGACACUAUCCUUAAAACAACACCUGUAACGAAAUGGAAAAUUUCUUCAGUCACGUCAUAUCUAUUCAGUGCUGAUAUACUUUGGGAGAAAUUGUGGAUCAAUAUUAGUAUACGAGCAACGGGCGCACCUACCCCCCCCCCCAAAAAAAAAACAAAAAAAAAAACAUUCAACUGAUAACAAGUUGGGGUUAAUUUUGGGUUGGGGGGGGUAGGUGCGCAGUUGCCAAGAUACUAACAUUGAUCCGAUAUUGUCCACUUGCUAGUAGAUACAUCGCUACAAUCUUUAUUUUAGUGCUCACAGAAUAUGCUCCACGCCAUGGCUGGACUUGCACCAAAAGUGAUUUUACCGAGAGUAGUGAAGCACAGUUCAGUUUGUUUAGCAAAACCAUCCUUCCAGCAAGUGACUAUGGAGGAGCAUGCCAUACUGUUCACACCAGAAGGAGAGAUCCACAACACCAGUGUAUUGGAAAGGUUCGAUUGAUAAGUGCUGUGAAAAAAGCCCUCAAGUUAUUUUUCUUAUUCCAGGAAAUGAAAAGAAAAGUUCCAAAUGUUUGUGUGAAAGUGUCAAUUGUUUGUUGCAAAGGUCUCGUUUUUGAGUACAGUUGAAGAUUGGUACUCUUGGUGUAUUUCAAGAGUGUAUAGAUAAUUAUGUUUAUGAUAGUGUCACUGGGCUUGUUUUUAUCUCCUCAGUGUUAGGGUAGCAGAAGCAGGAAAAAAGCAAAACAUGAAGAAAGAAUCAAAGGCUUAUUCCUAUGAGGAUCAACUCUGGGAAAAGGAUAUACGUGAGGUGUGUUUAUCGUGAUAAAGAUGCAACCUGUUACUGCUGAGUGUUAUACUUGUACACUGAGUGUUAUGCUUGAACACUGUACUGUACUGAAAUACGAGAAAAAAAAGAAAGGAAAACAUCAUUAUGGUGGGAGUGUUGGGGCAGAUAAUCUUUGUCCCACUGACGCCUAUAACCAAUGAAUGAUUUUCGACUAGCUUUUAUUACGGACGGAAGAGCGAAAGGGGGGUGCUUAGCUCCUCCUUUUGCCCACAAACCCGUGAUGAUGGAGAGAAAUUAAACGCAUUAUUUUUUGCGGGAUGAAUGGUUACGGACUGGGGUGCGUACGAUACCCCCUGCCUAGUUCCAGUCCUUGCUCGUAAAGUGGUACAUCUGUGGAAAAAAAUGACUAAAGAAGUCAGCUUUGGACACAGACUGAAGGGACUCCCUGAGUAGAACUGGAAUUAACAUGAGUCAUGUCAUUUCCAGUCAAUCAAAAAGAAAAAGAAAGCCGAGGGAAAACUUUCAGGAAAGGAUGAGAUGAGCCAGAAGGAAAAAGAAAUCUUUGAAGCUCAGCUGAUGAAGGAAGCAGAAAUAAGAGACAGAUUAAAAGAGGUAAGGAGAUCUUCUGUGUUGAUUGCUAUUAGAUUACAUAAAACUUUUAAAAAUAUUGGUAAAUCAUAGCGUGAUAACCCCUCAGAACCUCAGACUCUGAGAGCCGGUCAAAAAUUUUUGUCCUUUUUGUUUCUUUCAGCUUCAAAGGGAAGUGGUGCAAGUAGGAUCACUACUGGAGACAGCUAUAACAGCAAACCCAAACGCUAUGCGUAUGUACACCCCCACUAUCCUCACCACCCUGCUGCCACUGUUACAGUCCCCCCUGACUGCACCUGUUAUGAUUCCUGUUCUAGUGAAGCUUGGUAAAAGUGCAUUUAACGACGAUCAAGAACAUCUUGGUAAGCGCAGAUUGCCAGUUUCUUUUUAAUGUGGUAAUGUGUUAUUCACUUUGUCACGAGCUUGAGACAUGGCCAAAAUCUUAGUCGUCACGACAUCGAUUUAGAUUUAGCGUUCCGAUACUCUACCGCUGACCUGCGGAGAACACAAUGGUGAACUAGUCCAUUACUAGAAAGUUCCUAUGUGACAAGUGUCCUCUAUUGUUCAAUUUGUUUGUUUGUUUUUUAGGUGGAACCGUGGGGCUUAACUUUCUUCGUUCUUUUCUUGGUUUCUACCCUGUCUGUAGUCCAUUCUCUGUUUCGAAAUGCGUCGUUCCAAAUGUUUUUGUCUUAAUCUCCAUUUCAAACAACUCACACUUAUAUUCAAUUUCCUCAGGGUGAAGUCUUCAACGAAAACAAGUCAGACCUUUCAGUUGUGAAAAAAAAAACCUAAGAGUAUUCUUCCAGGGCCAAAAAAAUUACCUGAACAAUUUCGAAUCGCUUUCCACCAAAAUCUUUACUUUCUGCACAUAGUUGCACUUUUCCCCCACAGUUAGGGUUAUUGAUAUUCCUUCUGUCAAUCAGCAAAGGAGUUUUUGUUCGUAUAUCAAAUUAUUAAUCAUGAAGCGUCCCUAUAACUUCAUUCCAACUUCGUAGUAGCGGACUGUUCUUAAACAUGGGUUAUCUUGUGUCUGCGAGUGGUAAAGUUUUAGGAACCAACUUUAACCCUAACUUGUUAUUAGCUGACUGUUGUUGGGUUAGGGGAGGGGUUGGUGCACGAAAUUGGCAACGUGGUAGUGAGACUAUUCUUCUCCAACCUACCCCUCCCUUCUAUACAACGCUGGCUGUUAGAUUUUUUCCAGUUUAAACAUUGUCAUUCUUCAUUUUUCCACGUCAGCUGAGCUCGUUGGAUACGUCACUCUGCGACUUUUAAAACCAAUGUGCCGUAUUGAUCAAGCCUGGUGUGAAGAGGAUUUGUUAUCAGCGACCAAGCGAGUUAUCUCUGUCCUCCACUCCACAUCAGUUCCUGAUCUAAAUACUGUUGGAUCAAGUUCAUCAGACUCAUUGACCGAGCUUCUGUCAGCCCCAGCGUUUGCGUUCUGUUUUCCUUUUCUAAGAUGCGUGCUACGAGAUGGAGGCAAGAAUGUCAAGGGAAAUGAAGAUCUCAGACAGCAAGCGUUGCAGAUUGUUGCUGAACACUGUAAAUUACGAGCGAAUAACGACGAUGAUGACGAGGAAGAUGAGCAGGAUGAAGUGAGUGGGAUGCUCCCCCACCCGCCCUUUCUCCCCUCCCUCAUUUUUAUUUUGUUUUGGUUCACUCAUUUAUAUAUUUGUUUUGUCAGAAUGACCCGGCUUUGUUACCAAGAGAAGAAAUGCUGUAUUUAUUGACUGAGAUUAUUUCCACGAGUGCGGACACCAUCAAGGGUUCGAGAUUACAGGUAAAUUGUUUACAAUGUCAAUUCCCCUCCCUCUUUUUUCAUUUUCUUUACUCCUGGUUCAUUUUAUCUUUGCAGCAACUGGCAUCUCUCAGUCUGGUUGAGCUGUGCAAGGCGACAAGCGGGGAAUAUGGUUGUGCCACAGCAGCACCAGGCGAGAUCUCUGUUCUGUUAAACUCCCUGGAGUCCCCCGCAGCCUCAUUGCGAUUUGCAACCUUGCAAGGGCUUCUGGUCCUCACCUACCUUCUGUCUACAAGGGAUCAUGGAACAUCACAGACUGCUCGACUUGUAAGACGAUUGUGGGUGGCCAAGUUUGAUGUUGAUGAAGAAAAUGCUAAAUUAGCUGAGAGGUAUUCGUUUGAUUCCAGCUUUGUUGAUGUGUUCUUGCGAAUAGGUUUGUUCAUUAGGUGCUAUUUUAUGUUAUUUUAACCCUUUCCAUUUAUAUUCUUUAUUUUAAAGCUAUUUGUUGAGCGUGAGAUUGAAAUGACAAAUUGUGUGUUAAAACUCUUCAGGUUAUGGCAGGAAGUAGGUUUCACUGCCCCAGAGCCAUUAUGUAGUGCACUUUUGGACGAUGUCGUACACGAUGUAGAAAUUAUCAGAAAAGCCGCUGCCCCAGCGCUAGCGGCGGCCAUUAACGAACACCCGGAUGUUGCCUCAGCCAUUCUUCAGCAGCUGGUGGAUCUCUAUGAUGUAAAACUCAAGGUAAGGUCUGUAAAAGGUUAAUGCAAUAGACGACUGCGAAUACUGUUACCCAUUCAAAGUUAGCAGCACUUGCUUAAAAAUAGGAACGUGGGUAUCACCCAGUAGUUAUACUUAAUUUGAGGUCACCGAUCCCGACCACUUAUACCAGCAUACCCUGUUCUUAGGUGCCUCCUCCAGUCGUGGACAGUCUGGGACGAGUUGUGCCAGCUGACAACAUGGACCCUUGGGAUGCAAGGUGCGGAAUAGCUCUGGCUCUCGGUGAGAUAUCGCCCACGCUAUCUGAAGAGGAGGUAAUGUGAUACUAAAAAGGUCUCCAAUCUCGCGUCGUAUUAAAUCUUUACCGAAGAACCUUCAAUAGCUAAUCAUGACACAUUUAUUUAACUUUGAUGAAAUGAGAAGUCAAAAUACUUCAGAGUCGUAGUUGUCAAGGGCGGGGAAACACACGUGACGUACUCGUGAUUUUUGAAAGUUUCGCAUAUGAUUGGCUAAAACGAAUCACAAAGCUAAAAGAAGCGAGACGAAACAGUUGCGGAUUUGUUUGGAUACCUUUAUUGUUCAACUUAAAACUGAAACAAGAGGAAAAAAUUUUGCUGCAGAAUAUUUAGAAAAAUAUAUACUCCAUUGACGAGACACUGUGUAAAGAACUGUUCAAUGGGUCUCUUUCGGCGAGGAAAGGACAAAUUAAAAGGAACUUUUAUUUUUCGUUAUGUAGGUCCCUCCAUUGUUCGUAUUUUUCGUUCCAACUGGUCUGGGAGAUCACCAUCUUGAGGUCAGGAAACACAUGCUGAAUGCAGCUCUGAAGGCAGUAAAUGAUCAUGGAAAGGUUUGUGAACAUUUUACAUUAAAAUGCAUUUCGAUUGAGUGUCAAAAAACCAUAACAAAGUAUUCACAACAGCCAAUUAGAAAAGGGAAAAUAUCACAUGGAGCCAAUCAGAUUCGGAUGUAAAGACAAGCAAAUUGCCUGAAGCGCGGGAAAACGCGGGUGACCAAGUCGUGAUUGGUUUUAGUUAUGAAUAUAAUUAGAUGGUAAAGUGAUGCGAGUUUUCUGGAGCGAUCACAGAGCGAGGAAAAGUUAAACCAAAGCAGUCCUGCUAAACUUGCGACACUGAAUUGGAAAUCGCUCUAUUUAACUCGGUUUUUUCAUCAUUAUUGAUGGUACAUUUUUGUGUUUCAUAAGGCGACUUGAUUUUGCAUCAAUCUUCUUUGCAGGCCAAUAUCGCGCUACUUCUUCCUGUAUUUGAGCAGUUCUUGGACAUGGCACCAGAUACUUCUGCGCAUGACACGAUCCGUCAAUCAGUGAUUAUUUUGAUGGGUUGCUUGGCGCGGCAUUUAGACAAAGAUGAUCCUAAGGUAAGGACUCCAUUUAAAAACACUGUAAUGUCUCAAGGUGAGGUCUUCCACUAUUUGGUCAAUUUUCCUCUCAGCUUCGUGAGUGCUGGUGUUUUUAAGAAUGUGAAAUGGAUGUGAACAGCUUUAUUUUCAGAUCAUUCCAUUAACUUUUGUCAUCUUUUACACUUACUCUAGGUUAGACCAAUUGUUGGAAAACUCUUGAAUGCUCUGUCAACACCCUCACAGCAGGUAAAAAUUUUUUAAACUUUCCAUGGGCUGUUAGCUAACGUAUCAAAGUAUUUUUGACCGUGAAGAGCUUAUUGCCUGAAUAAACUGAAGGAAAAAAAACUGAUUAAUUUCACACCCAGAACACCGCGAUCUCUUGUUGAAGAAGCCGUCUUGGUCAGCGGGGUUCUGGGUUCGAGAUUAAUAUGUGCCUGUCAGGAAAGCUGCGGAAAGGAAUUUAAACAAGUGAUUGUUUUUUCUUCGUAGGUUCAAGAAGCUGUAGCAAACUGUCUUCCUCCACUUGUUCCAGCAAUCAAGUCGGAAUCUCCAGAUAUGGUGAAGAACCUGUUGAACCAGGUAAAAAGUUUGGUCCUGUACAAUGCAAGUCGGUCUUUAUUAAUCCAUCAUGCAUCACUGUCGCACGUUCCCAAGUUAUACGACCACUUGGUUCUGUUCGUUUUUAUUUCAGCUUCUUGAUUCCACUGUGUACGGUGAGAGGAAAGGUGCAGCUUACGGACUGGCGGGACUGGUGAAGGGUUUGGGAAUUUUAUUCCUCAAACAGCUGAAUAUUAUGUCCACACUACAGGAAGCUAUACAAGACAAAAAGAAUUACCGACAUAGGGAGGGUGAGUCGCGCUUUUGUCAAACUAAAACAGGCGUUUUGAGCGAUACUGAACCGUUCUCUAAAUAGGUAAUAGAUCACAGACGACGUCAAAAUAUGGCUAGAACAAAAAAGUACUACACGAGGCGUAGCGGAGUAAUUCACCAUAUAGACCCGCGGCAACAUAGAAUCUUUUUGUCCUAUAUGAUGAAGAAGCAAGAUGUCAUUAAUAGUGAUGUCAUUUAGGCGUCUGUCCUCCAAUUGAUCAUAAGGAAGAGCCAAUCAAAAUGCCAUAUUGCGGUAAAUCUAUAUCUCUUUGUGGCCUGUUUUCCAGGAGCGCUGUUUGCUUAUGAGAUGCUUUGUACAAUGCUGGGCCGUUUAUUUGAGCCUUAUGUUGUACAUGUUCUACCAAACCUACUGCUCUGCUUUGGGGAUGGAAACCAAUAUGUAAGAGAGGUAAGACUGAUAUCAAAAAUUCAUUUUGUUUCUCAACAAUUGCAGUCAUUUCUCGAGCACACGACUAAGGAGAAUCAACAAUAUAAUGUACUUGGGGAUGUUGCCUUGAUGGAGCUCUCAAUUCCCUGUAAAAUUUAAACAGAAAUCUACUGGAACAGUAGGGAGAAUUACAACUUUUAGAUUUUGAUAUGUGAGUGUCUUCUCUAGGCCACCGACGACACUGCUCGUGCAGUCAUGAAGAACCUCAGCGCACAUGGUGUCAAGCUUGUUUUGCCGUCCUUGCUGGCUGCGCUUGAAGAGGAUUCGUGGAGAACAAAGACUGGUGUGUGUUACUGUUCUUGGGAUAACGUUCAAAGUCUAAAAUUUCUAGAAAGACAACGUUAGCAAUAAUUUAUUACUGGUGUUUUCGAAGCACUCCAAAACCUACUUAAAUGUAAGAUGUAUCUAAGUGAAAUAUACAGUAAGUCGCUCCGUUUGUCCGUAGUCCGUCAGUCCAUCCUUUCAUCAGUUGGUUAGUUAGCCUCUCAUUCACUAUGUCGGUUGGGUAGCCCAAAAGUCAGUCUUGUUUUAAUGAUUUAUUUAAUCUACUAUUUAUUUACUAUUAAUCAGUUGUGUGCUCGGAUUAUUUUUCAGUUGUGAAUUAUCAGUCAGUCACUCAGUGUCUUAUUGGGUGUAUUACUGGGUGCUUACCGCUAGCGGAUAAAUCCAUCCUUUCAUCAGUUGGUUAGUUAGCCUCUCAUUCACUAUGUCGGUUGGGUAGCCCAAAAGUCAGUCUUGUUUUAAUGAUUUAUUUAAUCUACUAUUUAUUUACUAUUAAUCAGUUAUGUGCUCGGUUUAUUUUUCAGUUGUGAAUUAUCAGUCAGUCAGUCAGUGUCUUAUUGGGUGUAUUACUGGGUGCUUACCGCUAGCGGAUAAAUCCACGAGAAAAGUGCUAAGACCUUCAACCUAUCCAUUGUCUUCCUUGUACAUAUAGGGUUAUAACCAAAUCUAUCUUACCUACUAUAUUCUCUUAACAUGUUGUUAAUGUUGUCCUCCUCAGGUAGUGUUGAGCUCCUUGGUGCUAUGGCGUUCUGUGCCCCAAAGCAGUUAUCGUCAUGUCUUCCCAGUAUUGUGCCUCGCUUGUGUGAAGUUCUCACAGAUUCUCACAUGAAAGUACAGAAGGCUGGAGCCCAGGCCCUUAGACAAAUCGGCUCAGUGAUCCGAAACCCAGAAAUUCUAGGUAAACUGGUUGCAACAAAAAUUUUGCUAAAGCCUUAAUUUCUAAUUUUCACGUCUCAAAACUUCAUUGGUGUAGGAUCCUUACCUAGAUUAAAAAGCGUGUUAGAGCGCAGCCAAUUUAUUCUCCAUGACCUAUUAUCAUCGAUCUUUACCAAUCAAAUGGCAGGAUUUUUAUGCAAGAUGGCCGUCAAAAAUGGAAGGUUCUAAUUGGUGGAUUUGAACCAUAGCAGGUCACGCGACAAAAUUUUCCUCUGCUACUUCAACAGCGAUACAAAUUUACUGUAGGCUGUAGUCAAGACAUUCAAAGGAACCUGCCUGUUUGUAAAAGGUGGUUGAAACUUCUAGUUUUCUCGUUAAUAUUUCAGCCAUUUCGUCCGUUCUUCUCGAAGCCCUAAUGGACCCAUCUACCAAGACUGCACCAUGUUUACAAGUUCUGCUCCAGACCUCUUUCGUUCAUUUUAUUGAUGCUCCAUCGCUCGCUCUCAUCAUGCCCGUCCUGCAACGCGCGUUGAGCGAGCGUUCAACUGAAACCAAGAAAAUGGCGGCACAAAUUAUUGGAAAUAUGUGUUCUUUGACGGACAAAAAGGUAAAAUGGGAUCAACAAACUUAAAUGUCCUCGUAUUUGAACUUGGUUCCGGACCUCUCCUUGAACUAUUUUUAUGUGAACAGAGGUUGUCAUUAUUUAAUCACAAAAGGGCCAGUAAAACUCAUUUGUGAGUUAUCCGUAAUGAAAGCAGCAUCAUGAACAAGAUUAUUACUUUAGGUACCACAGGUGGGCCAAUCACUCGGGAUUUGUUUGAUAACACAGUCUUCCUAACUAAUAAUAGAGUACUGGUAUUGGUUUAUUAGAACUACGAUGCUGUCUACUGUUGUUGUCGGCGGUUUUUAAACCAUGUCCUCAAGUUCAUUGAAUUUUUCAGGAUCUCGCUCCAUAUUUGGGUGCAGUUGUUCCAGGAUUGAAACAGGCCUUACUUGAUCCAGUACCAGAGGUAAGAACUUAAAACAUUUUCUAAUACAAAUUCCGGCGCAAGUUUUCAUCAGCGUGUUUUUCAUUUAGGUCCGUGCAGUAUCUUCCCGCGCCCUCGGUGCUUUGGUCCGCGGUAUGGGCGAGGAGUGCUUUGAGGAUCUGUUACCGUGGUUGAUGGAGACUCUGACGUCAGAGAACAGCAGCGUAGACAGAUCAGGCGCAGCUCAAGGUAUGAUGUUUCACACCUCACACCUUGUUCUCUGGAAGUAUUUAGUGCUCAAACAUUAUACACAGAAAAAUUUUUGUACUAUCUUUGCACUUCACAACAAUUACGCGUUUCUGUUUUAGGUCUUGGUGAAGUUUUGUGUGCUAUGGGUACCAACAGACUCGAGAAACUUAUGCCGGAAGUGAUUUCAACCACAGAGCGCGUUGAUUUGGCGCCACAUGUACGCGAAGGAUACCUGAUGCUGUACAUCUAUCUUCCUUCAACUUUCAAAGAUGACUUUAUUCCAUUUGUGGGACCCGUCAUUCCUUCUGUGCUGAAGGUAACAUCAAUAGUCAGCUUCUUUCUUCUCCUUUGUGUAUAUAGAGCUUGUGAGAUGAUGCUUUUAAAUCAGUUUGUAAAGCUAAAUGAUAUUAGUUUUAUCAAAGAUAAUUAUAGCUAAAGUUUUAUACUUGAUUUAUCAUUUUAACUUAGCUAUUUAAUUUCAAGAAAUUAGAUACAAAUUGAACUUAACAGCACAAAGACUUUUCAGAGUUUCAGCUUGAACAAAAGAAACAAAUUUUUAUCAAUAUAAAUAGAUGAUAUCACAUGCCCACGUUACGUGUGAUUUCUUUAUGAUAUUCUCGGUAAUAAUUUCACAAGCGGGUUUAUGGUCAGGUUAUUGCCACGAUGUAGACCCUUAAGCUCAUAAGUUUAUUAAUUAAGGUGGAGCUAAGUCUACCGUGCACAAAGAACUUCAUCGAUCAAUCCUUUAAAAAGGGAACUUCCCUUAAGCAGAUUAAGUCAUAACAGAGCUCCAACAUUUAUUACCGUACGUGUGUGAACUCUCGUCUUAACUGGAUAUAUCUUCUGAUCUUUGUGGUAUCUACUAACUUGACCUUCGUCUGUAUCUCUGCUAUGAAGCUCUCAACUAUACCUCACCCCAUUGAGUUCUCACAACCGCACUAAGAACUGGAUACAGGAAAUUUGACAUAUUUUUCAUCUUCUAUCAAGGGCCUGGCAGAUGAGUCCGAAUAUGUACGAGACACAUCUCUAAAGGCUGGUCAGCGGAUUGUGAACUUGUACGCCAACACAGCCAUUGAACUGUUCUUACCGGAGCUGGAGAAAGGAUUGUUUGAUGAUAAUUGGAGAAUACGACACAGUUCUGUCCAACUACUGGGUGAUCUUUUGUACAAGAUAUCUGGUGUAACGGGUAAAAUGUCCACUGAAGGCAAAGAGGAUGAUAACUUUGGAACUAGUCAGUCCAACCAGGUGACGCACAAAGCUAAAAUAGUUACAUUGCAUUUACUGAAACUGGGUCCAGCCAGAUGCUGAAAACCAAUCAGUGUCCAGGAGGGAAACAAAUCGAACCAAUCAAAUGCGUUGUUCAUGCUAUAUCUCACGAGCAACUAAUGACAAUAGAGAGUGAAGCCCAGCAAACUGCCUGAUGCGCGGGAAAAACACGAAUGAUGAAGUCGGGAUUGGUUUUUGUUCUGCGGAGUUUUCUGGACCAAUCACGCAGUGAAGCAAAGCAGAACCAGUGGGACCCCAGACUACUUUUGACACGUACCUGAAAAUUGCUCUUUUGAUAUUUGUAUUGUAGCAACGUUUAAUUUUCUUUCUCACAGGCCAUCAUCGAAUCUCUUGGUGCAGAACGCCGUAAUCGAGUGUUAUCCGGGCUCUAUAUGGGCCGUUCUGACGUUUCCCUGAUGGUGCGCCAGGCGGCCUUGCACGUGUGGAAGGUUGUGGUCCCUAACACGCCUCGUAUCCUAAGAGAGAUUCUCCCCACGCUGUUUUCUCUUCUACUAGGAUGCCUAGCGAGUACCAGCUAUGACAAGAGACAAGUAAGUGUUGCUUGUCAGGUCAUCGCGAGUAAACUGUAUUUUCCGUUCGUUUAUUUGGUCGAAAAUGUGGUUGUUUUGAUUAAAUAGUUUUAUACCGCAUUCAAUUCAACCUGAUACACGCAUUGGUCUUUACGGAUAAGUAUUAACCCUUUACACCCUAACAUCAGAAUCCUUAUUCUCCAUACUGUUCUCUAAACAUUUCCUUUGUUAUUGACAAGGAGAAUUCAUUUAACAAUCAAAGCUUAUGAGGUUGGUGAUUAUUUACUUUAUUCUCAAGACGUUAAUAAAUGAUUCAGCUGUUUUACGGUAAGGAGAAAUUAGAUGCCAAUCACUCGUAGGGUUUAAAGGGAUAAAAGAAAUCCAGGCAAUAAAAAGAGGCAAAAAAUUAACUUAUACCCUUCUUUAUCAAUUUAUUGAAUUUGUUUCUUUGUACCGUUCUUUCAUUCCAGGUUGCAGCUCGCACACUGGGAGACCUUGUUCGCAAACUUGGUGAGCGAGUUCUUCCGGAGAUCAUUCCGAUCUUAGAGCGAGGUUUGGACAGCGACAAGUCAGACGAGAGACAAGGAGUUUGUAUUGGACUCAGUGAAAUUGUCUCUUCAACCAGCAAAGAACAGGUAACAAAAGACACCCAUUACAAUAAUAAGAGACUGACUGGUUUUAAGGAAGCACUGUUAAACUUAUUCCUUGGAUGGCGGCAGCGCGUUAUCCGCGCUACAGUGAACUCGCAAACCAAUUUUGGUGCAAUACCUUCAUUAAUCUACAAUUUCUACUGUUAUCCUCCCUGCGUUCCUUUACCUCGUCCCAUGUUGCCGCGUCCAUCUACUGGUUACCAGACCCUCACGAGCCAGCAAGUUUAUUUUAUUAUUACUUUGGUCAUUACAGGUAAUACAGUAUGUAGAUUCCCUGGUACCCACGGUGCGUCGUGCUUUGAUCGACCCGUUGCCUGAAGUUCGUGUGGCUGCAGCCAAAACAUUUGAUCAGCUUCAUAAUACCAUCGGAGCGAAAGCUUUGGACGACAUUUUGCCCGACUUGCUCAAGAAAAUGGUACAUGUUAUUAAUUAAAAUCUUCUCGUAACUUGUUAUUACCUCAGUACAUAAUCUGAAAGACUUCAGAUUUGAGACCUGUCUAGAAAGGUUUAUAUUUCUUGUGAGAUAUUUGGGAUCCUUAUGCAUCACAUCAGUGCGUCUCACCCUAUCAUGCCAGCCGUACGAUUGCACCAGUUGCUCUUCACUUCUUCCUGUGAAGAGCAAGAUUAGCCCAAGUUGCUGUUGUCAGAAAUUAUCCUUGAGUAAUUUGUAAUCUGAGCCAAUUGUUUCACUCAUCGUUUUGUACAGUCCUAAUUGUAUUCUCAAGAAGUACGAAUUGUUGCGUAUGGGAAAGAGUGCAUUGAGAACUUAUUCUUAUGGGGCUCUAUGGACUUGUUUCAGGAUGACCCUUCUCUGUCUGAGUACGCAUUGGAUGGGCUCCGUCAGGUCAUGGCCGUGAAGAGCCGAGUCGUACUUCCUUUCCUUGUACCUCAGGUAAGUAAAACCAACCAGCCUAAUGAUAAACCAACCGUAUAAAAGAACGGACCGACGGACCGCGGAAGGUAGGGAGGGUCACGAGCACGAAGGGAGUCACCGGGAACACGGAAGGAGUGUCGGAAGGACGGGCCGACAUACGGUAGGACGGAACAAGGGAAAAUCAAAAGAAUGGAUGGAGAAAAAGAGGGAGGGAGGGAGGGAGGAAAGGUUGGAAAGCUGGACAGAGGAGUAGAGGGCGGGUUGGAAGGAAGAGCGGACGGACGGAGUAAGGGUGGGUUGGAAGGACGGGCGGACGGAAGACAAAGACAAAGGCAGUUUGAAUUUCUGAAACUGUUGCACGCAUUUUUUUUUGGUUCAAACUGUGGUCUUGGUAUCCGUAACUCCAGUUUGUAUCGGAGGAAACCGAACUAUUGGAGUGUCUGUUACGCAACACCUUUUCUUAACUGCUGUCACAGGAAGGCCAGCAAUGCUUUCGACGAAAGCGUGACGUAUUCUUAAGAGCUGCCUUUUGUUGGUUUUUUUUUCAGCUCAUCACUCCACCUGUUAACACUCGUGCGCUGGCCAUACUGUCUGCCGUCGCAGGUGAUGCGCUUACCCGCCAUCUGAAUAGGAUUCUACCGGCCAUGCUUAAAGCCAUACAAGACUGCUUUGGAACAGAGCAUGAAAAAGAAGUUAGUUCAAAAUGCCUGUGUAAUUUUUCCCCUCUUUUUGGUCGUGACUAUAUGAAAUUGCCACACUUUUAGCCAAUCAGUUGCAGUCUUUUUUUGAGAUGACACGCAAUGGUUAUUGCGUAAUAACUCAAGGGACAAUUGCUAGGGAAAUCGCCAUUUAGAAUGCUAAGCGCGAAGACUUUUGAAAAUGCUUAUUCUUCUCCCUUUAGGAGCUGGAAGGCGCAUCUAGUUUAGUGUUGUCGGUUGAAGAUGACGCUGGAAUCAGGACCAUUAUGGAUGAACUCAUGGCAGCCUCUAAGGAUCCUGUCCCCGGCAUGAGAAGGGUAAAAUUUCUUAUUAUUUUGGCUUAAACAAAGAUACAUCUUUCAAGUGUAGUUUGACCCAGAUACGCUGUGUGUUUUCAUGAGACAAAUUGUUUUUACACCCUAGGCUGCAGUCUCUCUCAUGCACACGUUCUGUCAGGAGACUAAGGCAGACUAUUCCCAGUUCAUUCCGGCCCUGUUUCGUGGAAUAAUUAACCUGAUGAACGACUCUGAUGAACUGGUUGUGGAAAUGAGCUGGAACGCUUUGAAUGCAGUAACCAAGGUAACCACUGAUACUGUCGCCUGUCCCGGGCCUUCAGUUAGUAAACGGUCGAGGUAGGAACGUAGAGCCCGUGCUUAGAGAGCCCGAGGUCUGGGUCAGGUUGAGUAACAACCUGACCCAGACCUCUUCCUUUUUUCGCUCUGCACCUCUGCGACCUGUUUACUAGUUUUCCAUCGAAAUAAAGUGUGUUUUGUUUCAGUGUUAUACGCCCGCGGUUUCCCCUGCAAAAGACGACUGUGAUUUCCUGAUAAUUUAACACGCAACCCAGCAUAUGUCACUGGGGUUUGUUGUGAUUGGCUGCAAUUGUAUCGUUGGUUUUGAUCUGACGACAGUAACAUAACCCCCUUAAACAUUUUAAUGUCAGAGGGGGCUAAGCUUUGUUCGUUUGUCGUUUAUUUCAGCGUCUGGAGGCCUCUGAGCAGUUACAGUAUAUCAGCCACGUACGGCAGGCAGUCAAGUAUGUGUCAGAUGAGGUUAAGGAUGGAGAUCUGCCAGGGUUCUGUCUUCCUAAAAAGGUACUGAUCAGUUUUUAAAAUCAUUUCAAAAUAGACUGGACGUGAAGAAAAAUCAAAAUUAUCAGAUGCUAUGGAUUCUGUUGUGUACCUCGUUGUCUUAAAAAGUGAAUAAGCAAAAUGUUUGGUCUCGCAAAUUCAUUAAAAAGAUUCUUAGUUAUGAGAGGUCCUUUUCUUGUUUUUGCCAUCCAUUUUGUGUUCCAAGAAGUUGCUUUUCGUAAAUAUGCUCUAUUUGAAAAAAAAUUGUGUUCACAAUUUAAACUUAUGCAGAGAGAACGAAAUGAACGCAGAUAUUUAUAAAGAAAAUAUCCUAAAAUCUUCUAAAGCCUGGAUUUGUUACUGAAUGCAAUGGCUUUUGCUCGCUGCGUUAAGGUUUUAAGAAGCCUGUAAAACCUUGCUUAAUGCCUAUUUGGUGACUUUUAACUAUUGACACACUUGAGCACCUUGUCCUCUUUACCUUCAAGAAAUUGUUUGCGAUUACCGACCUCUCAUUUUUCUUUACUUGUCUGCUGUUGGUUGAAAACGUGACAAUUUUUACCCUCUAAUGUGUUGUUUUAUCCACAGGGUAUUGCUCCCAUUCUACCGAUAUUCCGAGAGGGAAUCUUAAAUGGUACUCCAGAGUUAAAGGAGCAAGCUGCCAAGGGGCUUGGAGAAGUGAUCAGUUUGACGAGCGCCACAGCACUACGACCAUUUGUAGUAAACAUCACAGGGCCCCUGAUUCGUAUCCUUGGAGACCGAUUUACGUGGAACGUCAAAGUGGCAGUCCUACAGACUCUGGGUCUUUUGUUAGGCAAAGUAUGUGUGUUUACUUAGGCUUAGGACAUUUUCAAUUGAAUUUUAAAAUAGUUUGCUGCAGUUCCUUUUACAAGAUGUGAUUGGUGGACAAAACAUUAGUACUCAUGACACCUUCUCGCCCAAUCAAGCAAAAUCAAUAACUCAGCAAGAUUUGUUCGCGUGCGUUUUCCCGUGCUCGUCAAGAAAUACCUUGAAAUUCUCAUUGGUUAUCAUUGCAUAAACACUUCGUCUGUUUUGAUUGCCUCGAGUUCAAUAAUACUGAAGCAAGAUGUAAACCAACUAUAUCGUCCUUGUGUUCCUUCACAGGUAGGCGCCAUGUUGAAACCCUUCCUUCCUCAGCUUCAGACUACGUUCAUCAAGGCCCUGAAUGAUCCUAACCGAGAAGUGCGCGUACGCGCGGCUUCCGCACUUCAGAAACUGAUUAAACUGCACACACGAGUGGAUCCUCUGUUUACUGAACUACACAAUGGAGUAAAGAACACCGAAGACAAUACCAUAAGGUUUGUAGGGCUACCAGCUUACUAAAAUGACUAAUUAUUUUUAACUAAAACCGAUGCACCAGAGGGUUGAUAUAACACAACAUUCUUGAUUUUGUAGGGAAACACUGCUACAGGCCUUAAGGGGAGUCAUCGCUGGCGCAGGACAGAAGAUGGGUGAUCCAAUAAGGAAGACGUUAACCACAACACUGCUGGAUUUACUGGGACAUGGAGAUGUAAGACACUCUUAGAUUAUCAUUAUCUAACCCUAUAACCUUCAAGAUCGAAUUGUAAUUUCUCCUCUCUAGCCGCUACUCAUUUCAUUGUUAAUUAGUUAAAAGCAUUUGGUUUUAGAUCAAAAAAGGGACUUUCACAUGAUAAAUUGGAGUAUUCUCUCUACCUGUAUGCUGGAUAAGAUAUGAAUAUUAUAAGGAGAAGUUACAUGUUAAUCACUUCUGAGAGUUAAAGGGUUAAAAACCUUUCCUUUCAGCAUUCUGUAAUAGACCAGGUCUACGUUAUGCAUUUUUAUAAUUUUUUUAAACAGCGUUUGUUGUAUUAUCGUUUUUGUUUAAAAGUGUGAUGUUUUGAUUGUGCAGUAUGCCAGUAUACUUUGCCCUUUUGUCCGGCUCGUAGUCUCUGGUUCACUGAUUUGUUGCAUUGAUUUUCAACAGGACAACAUUCGUGUAGCGGCAGGUGGCUGUAUUGGAUCAUUAGCUCUUAUUGUUCCAGACACUGAACUCGAGUAUAUCAUCAAUGAUCAUCUCAUAGGUGCGUCAACAAUCAUAGUGGCUUGGGUUAAGUUCAAAACAAUUACAGAAUAAUAAUGAAUAUAUUGGUAGGGAACCCAUGGACCCCACUGAUGUGCAAAUGUGCAAUAUCGUAUCUACCCUCUCACAAUUAUUUCACCUUUCCAGCACAUCUCCAAUCCACCCUUAAUUAAAAAUUGUAUUCAGUGACUACUCAGUUUAAUUACAAGGUUUCUAAACAUUUAAGUUCUAAUAAUUUAACGCAAUUCAGUACAAUACCCGCCUCCCCGUAUUAAAUAUACAAUUAUCAGUAUGUAGUUAUCGUGCGUUUUUAGUAUCUUUUUCUUUUUAAUUUCGUUUGCAGUGAAUGACCCCACUGUUGACUGGACAGUGCGCCACGGUCACGCUAUCGCUCUGUCAGCGGUAUUACACGAUGCUGCCGAGAGGAUGGUGUCCCUGGGCCUGUUUGAAGUCGUUACUGACAUGGCUGUAGCACAUGCUAACACAGACAGGGUGAGUGUUACUGCGAGGGGAGGGGUGGGUUGGUACCCGUCAGUAUCCGUGCAACUUUAUUUGUGUUUAUUCUGAUAGCACAAGUUCAAUUCGUAGCGCGGCAUUUAAAAUGCAGAGAGCCAUUUUUGUUAAUAGGUUUAGCAUUGAAACAUGGAGACGGUUUUCUUACCGUCAUUUACCACAUUCCAAUGUAGCAUCUCACAAUUUUUCAUAAUGUAUUUUUGAGAUUAAUGUUACUAUUCAUUCGCAUGUUCAUUUUUUUCUCACUCUAUAUUUCCAAUGCUUCAGAUUCCCAUUUGUAGUUCCGGUGUGAGGUGUCUUGGCUUCAUUCUCGCUCACUCGGUUGUGCAGUGUAUUCCGCCAUCAACAGAGGUGCUUGAAACCCUACUCAAGGUAAAGUUAAAUAAUUAUGUAGAGGUACGUCAGCAAUAGCGGAAAAUUUCAGUUUAAAAGAGCUGCAGAGUAGUUAUAAUUCCUUGUGAUGGUUUUCUUCACAAUUGUACUUUGCGCAUUAAAAAACCUUCAAUUUUUGCUGUCUGAAUGGGAUCUAAAUGUCUUUCUUGUCUUAGCGGUAGCUAUUCCUCUCAAUAUGUCCAUUCAGAAAAUUCUUGCAACUGAUUUUUCAAUCCCAGGUACUACAAGAAGGCGCAAACGACGUGAAAACGAUCGCGGCAGCGUCUCUGCAACACGUCGCGCGUAGAAGCCCAGCGUCUUUGGAUAACGCUCUUCUAAAAGUCAUAGUUCCAGCAUUACUUGCGUCUUCCAAAGAAAAGAACACAAUUGUGAAAUCCUCUGCUGAAUCCGCACUUCUGUAUGUCCUGCGGCUUCGAGAAGGCGAGUCAGCACUUCAGGUAUGAGCCAUUAAAAUGUCUUUAUUCUCGUUCUUUGGAUAGGCACGAUAAGGAGAAAUAGCAAAGCACCUGUUAACGAGUUCCUGCCACUGGCUUCGUCAUAGCCUUCGUUGCAGGAGCUAGUGGGUAGAGGUGGGAGGAGUCAUAAAAGACGAAUUUAUGAGGAAGUGAAGGUUCCUGCCCUCUUAAUUACGUCCCCUACGUUAAACAUUUCGCCCUGGCCCCAGAGCGUUUGCAGGAAGAGUGCUAAUGUGCGAUGAGAAGCAAGCAGACUAUAUUAUUUUUAUUUAUCGUUACUAUUAUUAAUAUUGUUUUUAUUUCAGUCCUGCUGCCGUAUUUUCGACGCCACAACUGCAGAAGGUAUACAGGAUCUAUGCCGAAAAUCGUUACGUCGCUUAGCAACUCAAGAAGAAGACCCGGAUGAAUUAGAAACUUUUUUUUCGUCUGUCGAUCAAGGAUGA